AUGUUGGUGCCGGAUUGCAGUUCAGAGUCUGGUGGCUUCAGCAAUCUGUUUGAGGCAGGAACCAGUGUGAAUGCACCUGAGGAUGCCUUUGGUCAGUCGCCAGCUCAUUUGGCUGCUUGUGGGGGUGAAGCUUUUUUCCUACUUUGGCAACUGCAGACAGGAGCAAAUUUGAACCAACAGGAUUGCCUUGGAGAAGCCCCGAUUCAUAAAGCAGCUAAAGUUGGGAGUUUGGAAUGUCUUGCUGUUCUUGUUGCUGGUGAUGCCAAAAUUGACUUGUGCAACAACAGUGGACAAACAGCAGCAGACCUUGCACUGGCCUGUGGCUUUCUGGAAUGUGCCAAGUUCCUCAUAACAACUCAGCACACACAGACAAUGAAACUGAGAGGAGAGUCUGGGGACUCCCUAAGUGAUAGACAUGGCUUGCUGAGAGAAGAUCCUGCUGGACUGAAACAAGGAAGUGAAAGCAGCAGAUCUGUAAGUAGGAAGAGGAGAAGAUCAGAUGGUGUGUAAUAGUGUUGGUUUA